AUGGCGAUCCAGUUUAGCGAGUUCAAGAAUGAUAUUCUGGUGCUUGCCCUUUGCAUCUCCGCUUUUGGCUUUUUGUCUCUCUUGUAUUUGCGGCAUGAUUUCAUCUCUUCUUUUGGCGGAAUCAGAGCUCUGCGUUUUAGUGGCAGAUGCCCUGAGAACUCACAUUUUGCGGAUACGGUAGAGAAUGGGAAUGAGGCGAAUUUGCUUCAUGCGAGUACGGUAGAGAAUGGAAAUGAGGCUCGAAAUAGAUCUGCAGCGAAUGUCACAAAAAUCGAGCAAGUUGUUGAAACAAAUAAAACGAACAAAACACAAGAUAAAGAGAACGAGAGAUUUGGGAGCGAAAGCAACCUAGAGAAGGGUCUGAGCACGCACGAAACGCAAGGAAAUGAUCAUGAUAAUGUCACGACGAAAUCGAUUCCAUUCAUCCAGGUUAGCAUGGCGUUCAGAAUGCCGGACGAACCUGGCGACGGCGCUCCAGACAGGUACAAAAGGCCCCAGCAAACCCAUAUAGACCACGGACGCCGGUGGGGUUACUCGACGCAUCACUUCGAUAGAAAUGUUCUUUCCAAAACCGAUUUGUACGAGGCCUACUACAGCAAGUCCCUAUUUAUGGAGUCCCUCAUGGCGCUGGAAAUGGCCAAGCCUGAAGAGAGUCGUAUGAAAUGGAUGGUAUGGUACGAUGCAGACACCAUCAUUUUAAACAAAGAAGUUCCAUGGUCCACCUUCAUUCCUCCCUCGGAUACAAAUCUUGAUCAUAUCAACGUUCUCAUCACCAAAGACUGGGUUGGCUUGAAUAAUGGAGUGUACAUGAUUCGCGUCUGCGAGUGGAGUCUCAAACUUCUGAUAAGAAGCACCUCCUUUCCCUAUCUAAGACCCAAAGACUACUCCGCCGCCAAUACUGGCGACCAGGGCAUCAUGAAGAUGUUGCUGAACCUUCCAGCCAACCGCAAACAUCGACUCUACCAACCGAGAAGAUGGUUCCAGGGAUACCCUCCCACAUUCUUCGGGGAAGGCGAAGUGAAAAUGGAUGGCCUGAUCAACAUGCAUUUUCCUGGGCUUCACGGUGAUCAAUUCGCGCAGCACUCAACUCACUACCUGGAUCUACUAGAAAAGGAUCCACCGUCUCAGGAAAUGCCCGUGGAGGACACCGCUUACCCUUCCGAGACCGCCAGCUACUGGACCCACGUAUCAGAAGCCACGGACAUCUUGAACAAAGCAAAACAAUACAACAAGCAUUUGCAAGGCUAUCACAGAACAGACAUCCCCGAAGGGACAGAGUUCAUCUCCUCACUAAAAGACCUGAUGGACACUCUCUACGAGCGCACCGACGAAGACGAGCAAGUCCUGAUUGCCGCGACGAAGAGGAUGCAGCGAGCGUUGGCGUUGUUGCGAAGUGUGCUCCCGCGUGAGCAAUUGAAGACGGAUGAGCAAUUGGAGGACGAGGAGACGGAGGGGUUGAUCGUACAGCAGAUGGAACUUAGUAAGGCGAGGAAGGAGAAUUUGACGGAGGUGCUAGACUCGCUGGAGUCGGGGCAAAGGGAAUUGGAGGAUUAUUGGUGGUUGAGGGAGGAGGAGGAGUGA